AUAGUCAACUCUUCCUAUUUUCUCUUAUCUUAUUGGUUGAUCAACUGGACAAUCCAUACUUGACUGUGAGAAUGAAUGCAUCACGACUUAUACACAAAGCUUGUUGUUUCCAUUUUAAUGGAGGAUUUGAACUAUUGCUUUCUAAAGCUGUUAAUCUUCGCAACAAGAUAUUUGAUUAUCUAUCUACCAGGCUUGCAAGCCGUCCAAAAAUGGUGAUAGAGUUUGCAGAGGCAGUUCUUGGUGUUGAAACUAAAGAGCUACUUAACAAGAUGAUUCCAAUCGUUCUUCCAAAGCUUGUAGUUUCACAGCAGGAUAACAAUCAAGCAGUUGAAACCUUAAACGAGCUGGCCAAGUGCUUAAACAUUGAUGUGGUACCUCUGAUAGUAAAUCGGCUGCCAAAAGUUCUUGCGUUUGGGCUCCACCAAGCAGAUGAGGAGUUGAUUUCUGCUUUACAAUUUUACCAUGCACAAACUGGUUCUAAUAACCAAGAAAUUUUUGCAGCUGCAUUGCCUGCACUUUUGGAUGAACUUAUAUGCUUCCUUGAUGGCGGUGAUUUGAAUAAGAUAAACAAUAGGUUAGAUAGAGUGCCACAUAUGAUAAAAAAGGUUGCUAGAGUGCUGACUGAUGCUAAGGACCUUCCAGGCUUCUUGAGGAAUCAUUUUGUGGGCCUCCUUAACAGUAUUGAUAGAAAUAUGCUCCAUUCAGAGGAUUUUUCACUGCAGAAGCAAGCUUUAAAACGUAUCGAGAUGCUAAUCAAAAUGAUGGGUUCACACCUGAAUACCUAUGUGCCAAAGUUAAUGGUUUUUCUCAUGCAUGCUAUUGGUAAAGAAUCACUCCAAUCUGAAGGGCUCUCUGUAUUGCAUUAUUUCAUUGUGCAGCUGGCAAUGGUAUCACCAUCUAGCACUAAACAUGUAAUUUCUCAAGUUUUUGCUGCUCUUAUACCCUUGUUAGAAAAAGAUACAGAAAAUUUGUCUGCAAAUUUGCAUAAGGUGGUGGAAAUUCUAGAAGAACUUGUAUUAAAGAACAGGGUUAUUUUGAAGGAGCAUAUUCAUGAGUUUCCUCUUUUGCCCAGUAUUCCAGCUUUAAUGGAAGUGAACAAAGUUAUACAAGAAGCCUGUGGAGCAAUACUGAAAAUUCAGUUACGAGAUGUUGUUGGUCUGAAUCAUGAGAACCUGAAUGUAAGAUAUAUGGUAGUCAGCGAGUUGAGCAAGUUGCUGAAAUUAAGAAAGGAGGAUGUUGCAGCUCUGGUAAAUGGAGAAGGUGGUUCAGACAUGGAUAUUUUGAGCUCUUUGAUUACAUCUUUGCUCAGAGGUUGUGCUGAGGAAUCAAGGACUGUAGUAGGACAACGGCUAAAAUUAAUGUGUGCCGAUUGCCUUGGAGCUCUUGGUGCAGUUGACCCUGCAAAAUUAAGGAAUGUUUCAUGCCAACGCUUUAAAAUUCAGUGCUCAGUUGUUGACCUUAUAUUUGAGAUGAUUCAUAAGCAUCUAGCAAGGGCUUUCAGGGCGGCACCCGAUACCAUUGUUCAGGACUCAGCUGCUUUGGAAAUACAAGAGCUUUUAAAGAUCGCAGGUUGUGAGGCAUCACUGGAUGAGAAUGUUGCUUCUAUUGCACAGGCUUCUGAGAGUAGCACUGGGAACAAUAGUAGGGGUCAGAAAUUAUGGGAUCGGUUUUCUAAUUAUGUUAAAGAGAUAAUAGCCCCUUGCUUGACCUCUAGAUUUCAGCUUCCAAAUGUGGCUGAUUCUGCAUCUGCGGGACCAAUUUAUAGACCUUCAAUGUCAUUCAGAAGGUGGAUUUUCUCUUGGAUAAAAAAGUUGACUGCACGUGCAAUCGGAUCUCGUGCAAGCAUAUUUAAUGCUUGUCGAGGUAUAGUUCGCCAUGAUAUGCAAACAGCUAUGUAUCUAUUUCCAUAUUUAGUCCUCAAUGCUGUCUUUCAUGGCACGGAAGAGGCACUGCAUGGUAUUACAGAAGAAAUCCAGUCAGUUCUUAAUGCUGCAGCUUCAGAGAACAGUGGGGCAGCUGUUUAUGGAGUGACUGGUGGACAGAGUGAAGUUUGCAUUCAAGCAAUUUUUACUCUUCUUGAUAAUCUUGGUCAGUGGGUGGAUGAUGUUAAACAAGAGCUUGCUCUCUCUCAGUCUUUAUCAUCGGCUUCAAGGCAGCAGGCAUCCAAGUCUAAGGAUCAAAGUUUGGCUUUAUCUGCAAGUCAAGAUCAACUACUUGUACAGUGUAAAUAUGUUUCUGAGCUUUUAAGUGCAAUUCCAAAGGUUACCCUUGCUAGGGCUUCUUUCAGGUGUCAGGCCUAUGCAAGAUCUUUAAUGUACUUUGAAUCUUUUUUAAGAGGAAGAUCAGGUUCCUUUAAUCCGGCUGCCGAGAGAAGUGGCAUUUUUGAAGAUGAAGAUAUCUCAUAUCUAAUGGAAAUAUACAGUUGUCUGGAUGAACCUGAUGGAUUGUCAGGACUAGCAUGCUUACGUAAGUCACUAAGUUUGCAAGAUCAACUCUUAAUAAACAAAAAGGCUGGAAACUGGGCAGAAGUUUUGACAGUUUGUGAGCAGGCCUUGCAGAUGGAACCGACCUCUGCUCAGAGGCAUUCUGAUGUUCUCAACUGUUUAUUAAAUAUGUGCCAUCUUCAGGCCGUGGUUACUCAUGUGGAUGGCCUAAUUUCAAGAAUACUCACAUACAAGAAAACAUGGUGCAUGCAGGGUGUGCAGGGUGUGCAGGCUGCAUGGAGGCUUGGAAGGUGGGACCUGAUGGAUGAGUACCUUAGUGGGGAAGACGAAGAGGGCUUACUAUGUAGCAGCUCUGAAAGUAAUGCUUCUUUUGACCUGGAUGUGGCAAAGAUUCUGCAGGCAAUGAUGAAGAGAGAUCAGUUCUCUGUUGCUGAGAAAAUUGCACUAUCCAAACAAUCUCUCAUUGCUCCUAUUGCUGCUGCAGGCAUGGAUUCUUAUACACGGGCUUAUCCAAUUAUUGUCAAGCUUCACUUGCUACGAGAGCUAGAGGACUUCCAUACUCUUCUCAUUGAUGAAUCUUUCCUGGAGAAAUCAUUUCAUCUGGGUGAUUUUGGAUUCUCAAAAGUCAUGGGGAACUGGGAAAGUAGACUCAGGUUUACACAACCAUCACUCUGGGCUAGGGAGCCAUUGUUGGCUUUCAGGAGAUUGGUUUUUGGUGCCAGUAGCCUUGGUGCUCAAGUUGGGAACUGUUGGCUUCAAUAUGCAAAGCUCUGUCGUUUGGCUGGCCAUUAUGAAACAGCCAACCAAGCAAUUCUAGAGGCACAGGCUUCUGGCGCACCAAAUGUUCACAUGGAGAAGGCUAAGCUUCUAUGGAGCACUAGACGCUCUGAUGGUGCCAUUGCUGAGUUGCAGCAAUCUCUUCUGAACAUGCCAGUUGAGGUUGUAGGCUCUGCAGCAAUAUCAUCAAUUUCUAGCCUUUCACUGGUUCCAUUAAUCCCACAACAUUUACCUUGUGAUACUCAAGCUAUGAAUGAAAACCAAGAGAUUGCGAAAACCCUCCUCCUAUAUUCUAGGUGGAUUCAUUACACCAGGCAGAAACAGAAGAAGGAUGUAAUAAGUCUUUAUUCCAGGGUGAGGGAACUGCAACCCAAGUGGGAGAAAGGAUACUUUUAUAUGGCUAAAUACUGUGAUGAAGUACUUGUUGAUGACAGGAAGCGUCAAGAAGAGAAUUUUGAGUUAGGUCCCAGGAUAAUUCCCUCAGCUUCUUCCAUUUCUACUUCAAACUCAAAUACUGAAAAAUACUGGUGGUAUUACCUUCCUGAUGUACUUUUAUUCUACGCAAAGGGGCUUCAUCGAGGUCACAGAAAUCUUUUUCAAGCUCUUCCUAGGUUGUUAACCUUGUGGUUUGACUUCGGGAGCAUUUAUCAGCAGAGUGCAUGUGCCUGUAAUAAGGAAUUGAAAAACGUCCAAGGGAAGGUAACUAGUAUAAUGCGAGGCUGUUUGAAGGAUUUGCCAACCUAUCAGUGGUUAGCAGUCCUACCUCAGCUGGUUUCUAGAAUUUGCCACCAGAAUGAGGGUAUUGUUAAAUUGGUCAAGAACAUCAUCAUUUCUGUUGUCCGGAAAUAUCCACAGCAAGCACUAUGGAUUAUGGCAGCAGUUUCAAAGUCCACAGUUCCUUCUAGGCGGGAAGCAGCUGCAGAAAUCAUUCGAGUUGCACAGAGAGGUUUUAGCCAAGGAACUAGUGGUAACAAUUUGUUUGUGCAGUUUGCUAGCCUGAUUGAUCAUCUUAUCAAGCUGUGUUUCCAUGCGGGCCAGCCAAAAUAAAAAACUAUUAAUAUCUCAACUGAAUUUAGUGCAUUGAAAAGGAUGACGCCUCUUGGAAUUAUCAUGCCAAUUCAACAAUCUCUUACUGUCAGUCUUCCAACCUAUGAUGUGGAUCUCACUGAAUCACUUUCUUCUGAUAUCUUUUCUGGUGUGGAGCUUCCUACGAUAGCUGGAAUAGCUGAUGAGGCUGAGAUUCUUUCAUCUCUUCAGCGACCUAAGAAAAUUGUAUUAUUGGGCAGUGAUGGCAUUGAACGUAGGAGGAAGAUGCCUGCAUGAUGGAGUUUACUUGCAAUGAUAAACCGCUUACUGUCAAAGUACCCUGAAAGCCGUAGGAGGAAGCUAUACAUUCGUACGUUUGCGGUGAUUCCUCUUACGGAGGACUGUGGCAUGGUGGAAUGGGUGCCCCAUACUCGAGGUCUACGGCAUAUUCUUCAAGACAUUUAUAUCACAUGUGGCAAAUUUGACAGGCAGAAGACAAAUCCCCAUAUUAAACGGAUUUAUGAUCAAUGCUCUGGUAAAAUACCAGAAGAUGAGAUGUUGAAGAACAAGAUUCUUCCAAUGUUCCCACCGGUUUUCCACCAAUGGUUUUUGACUACUUUUUCAGAGCCUGAUGCUUGGUUUAGAGCUCGAGUUGCUUAUGCUCACACAACAGCUGUGUGGUCCAUGGUUGGGCAUAUCGUGGGUCUAGGUGACCGACAUGGGGAGAACAUUCAUUUUUAUUCUACUACAGGUGACUGUGUUCAUGUCGAUUUUAGUUGCUUAUUUGAUAAGGGAUUGCAGUUGGAGAAGCCUGAGCUGGUGCCUUUCAGGCUAACCCAGAACAUGAUUGAUGGACUGGGCAUAACUGGAUAUGAGGGCAUCUUCUUGUGGAUUUGUGAAAUAACACUUUCAGUUCUGAGGACACAUAGGGAAACCUUGAUGAGUGUUCUUGAAACUUUCAUUCUUGAUCCUCUUGUAGAGUGGACAAAGUCUCACAAAUCCAGUGGUGUAGAAGUUCAGAAUCCGCAUGCACAGGUUUGGAUCAUCUCUUUUCUCUACAGUUUUUGCACCUUCUGA